CAACAGCAUAACAGAACCCUCAGCAGCAUUCUGGACCACAGCAGUUUGAGAUCAUGGGGAGAUUUUGGAUUCUAGUUUUUCUCCUGAACUUGUGUUUGAUUAUUAAGCUCUCAGGGGAAAGUAAUGACUACUGUUUGUGGUCUGGAAAUAUUAUGAAACGACAAACAGCGAGAUGGAAAAUGGACAAAAAUCGCUCGAAUUGUUAUAUGGAAUUAUGCACAUGUAACAAGACAGAUGUACUGUGGUAUACCUGCACUCAAUUAACAGAUGAGUGUGGAUGCUGCCACGAACAGACUCGGAUCACAUGUAAAAGAGAAUGUCCCGAGAAGGUGAAAGAGCUUUGUGGAUAUUUGAAUUUCCCAAGUUUUCAACAGUUAAACAUUGCCUGUCCACAUGUGAAUAAAGAAAAAUGCGAGUGGUUUGAUGGGACAACAUGCAACUGGAUGAUAAAGCAUACAACCUGGAUCAAGACAGGCCCAUAUUGUGGAACUCAAUACCUGCCCUGCGGAUGUAAAGAGAUGGAGAAUACAACUACUGCUGCACUCACUAUUGCAUAUGAGUGCAGCAGUAUAAACGGUACUAGUCAGAUGUAGUUGUUAUUCAGUAAAAACAUUUGUAAUUUUUAAAACCAUAGUGUUAAUGGCCCAAGUUCCCUUUAAAACAGCAACAUAGGGUGUUGUAAAUCAGGACGAAAAAUAAACAAUAGAGAAAUGUUAUUCCAGAGGUAGAUGGUUUUUAAAACUUCUUUAACAUUUCAUUUCCAGGGACCCCAUGUCCAGAAUCUUCUACUAAAGCCCCACAAACAUCUUCCACCACCCCUUUCACCUUCACCACCCCUACCACCCCUAACACCCCUACCACCCUCACCACCCCUACCACUACCAUCUCUGCUACCACCUCUUCUGGGAUCCCAUCCUCAUCCUCUGCCACAGAGGAGUAUGGUGCCACCCUCACUGUGGAGCACAAGAUAAAAGAUUACACCGGAAUGAAACUCUAUGUUUCUGCAACCACGAUAUCAUUGAGCAGCUUAGAGCAGGAAGCUGACCUGCAGGUGGACCUGCCUACUGACCUCUUCUCAAGGCUGAACCCAAUACUGGCCCACAACAAUGUGACCUUCACCUUCACUGUGAACAACACUCCACCUGCCAGUCAGACUACAGAGGGACGUCUCUACAAUAUCACCUUUGGUGUUGAGGUUGUGAACAUUACCAUGUCUAACCUGUCCACACCAUUCAACAUCAGCUUCAAAUACACCUAUGACCAAAAGGGGAAUGCAACAUGUGUUUACCUGAACCAGACAGGGAGCUGGGUUCCUGAUGGCUGCCAGACCCUGACCCUCCCAGAACACGUUGUCUGUAGCUGUAACCACUUCUCCCUUUUCACCCUCAUGAUCCCUGGUCUUGUCCCGAGUAAAGAGCACGCUCAGAUCCUCAGAACGCUCAGCAUAGUGGGAGGAGCCAUCUCUGCCUUCUUCUGUGCCCUUACAUUACUGACACACUGUCUGCAGCAUGUGAGCAAGGCGACUGACAAAGUCAUGGUGAUCCACCUCCAGCUGGUGGGCUCUCUGUUGCUGCUCAACCUGCUGCUGCUGGCCAGCAUGUCCCUUGCCUGGGAGGACUCACUGCUGUGCAAAGUGCUGGGUGGCCUGCUGCACUACGCCCUGCUCACCUGCUUCUCCUGGAUGGGCCUGGAGGCCCUGCACCUGUACCGCCUCCUGGUGCAGGUCUACAACACCUACACCAAGCACUACCUGCUGAAGAUCAGCCUGCUGGGCUGGGGGCUGUCAGGAGUGGUGGUGACGGUUGUAGGAGGGAUCUGGACCCCAUAUGGCCUGAAAGACGGCAUGUGCUGGAUGACAGCUGAUGUUGUGCAGUACUGCUCAGUCCUGGCCUAUCUCAUUGUGGUCUUACUUUUCAACGGAGGAAUGUUCAUCUUCAUCUUGAGCACCAUGUGUAGGAUGCGAUCUGGGAUAUCCCCCUUGCAGAAGACGAGGAACAACAGGGCCGUCUGCAGCGUCCUGGGCCUCACCUGCAUCCUGGGCCUCACCUGGGGCCUGGGCUUCUUCUCCAUUGGCUACACCAACUAUGUCAUCCUCUAUACCUUCACCAUCCUCAACUCACUGCAAGGCUUCUUUCUGUUUCUGUGGAUUUGCAUCAAAAGACGGAGAGAGGGAAAGGAGCACAGAAAGUCUGUUGUAACAAGCCAGAGAACGCUCACAACAUCAGAGCCUCAAGUAAAUAACUGAGGCCUCCUACAGGUUGUGUUGAAAACUACAAUUCAGAGCACAAUUAAAGGUACAAUAGGAAAGAUUUAUUUCAGAAAAAAAGUGUUGUCACCUAAAUAUGUUUAAGCCAGUUAGGUGCUCUGAGAGUUCUUUAGCAACAGACAGCUCAGUGCCUCUUGUGGAAUUUCUAAUUUUGGCAAUGGCUGGAACAAGAUAGCUUGAACAUAAUUGGCUGGAAAAUAUGGGGCGCUCCAAAUAUUUUUUUACGUUACUUAUUGUACCUUAAAAGAAACUAGUUUUGUUUUUGAACUGAUUUAUCAGUUAAAUGAGCAAUCAACGGAUUGUGUAAAGCAAUCAAAUACUUUCUCUCCUACAGAGUCCUUCUUUUAAUCAGCAUUUGGUAGUUUUAUGUCAGUAUGAUCUUCUUGAUUGUCGCACUGUCCUAUCAUUUGAAUUCUAUGUAAUGUAAUUGUAGUUGGGAUUGUUGUUGCACUGUGCCUGAUAAAAAUAGACCGUUCCAUGGCCCUUACCACUGAAAUACUGUUCACUUCGAAUCCUUGAUUAUCUACAGUACUAUUGGUUAUUUGUAUGUCACUUUGUAUAAAAGCAUCUGCUAAAUGAAUACAAUGCAAUAUAAAAAUGUGAAUCUACAAUGGUAAGAAAGCUAAAACAGGAAUUCUGUAGAAACUGAUGAUAGCCAUAGUAUGCAUUAUAAGUAUGACAAUCGAAGAAGCGGAAACAAAUGAAAAUAAAAUAUAUCAGGUGCCAUUGUUUAAAACAGAUUAGCAUU